CUGAGACAGGACAGACCCUUCCCUCCAAUCAAACAUCUUCUUAUUGGAUUAAAAAAACGGCGUUUGGAUUGAAUUCCUCUGAAACUCCUGAGACCAGAAACCAAUCAUCCUUUUAUUGUUUUUUUUAUUUUGUAUUGAAAACAUCUUGGGGAUUGUUGGAAUAUUUCUUCAUUUUUAGAAACAAAGAUGGCUGCUUCCUCUAUCUGCUCUCUCCUUCCUCUCCUCCUCCUCUUUCUCACCGUCGACGUGGAGUCGAGACCGUCACCUCAACGACACGACAAACAGGUUUUGGACUCUCUGUUCGGGUCUCUCCUCUCCGCUCUCAUUCUGGCCCCGCCCAACUCUGAUGACAUCACAGAGGGCUAUGCACAAAGUCCCGCCCCCUCCUCCUCGGGAUUGGCUAUGAGCCGCAUCGACCGGAGGGAGGAAGUGCCGCAGUUCUUCCAGGAUUUCCUGCGACGGCAGUUGAUGAUGAGGAGGCGGAGCAGGAAGUCGAUGGUGGCCGGAGGAAGAGGAUGCUUCGGGAUGAAGAUGGACCGCAUCGGAUCAAUCAGCGGGCUGGGCUGCUAGAGGCUGGUGCCCCGUGUGAGGCUCCGAGCCUUCCUCACUAACGACGGACUAAACUAAAGACAGGUAGACGCAGGUAGACGUCCUACCGGUGACCCCUGACCCCCGACACCUGGUUACUACACAGCCAGCCGUGUGUGUGUGUGUGUGUGUGUGUGUGAACCAGCAGUCUGACUGCAGGAUGUAAUAAAAUAAAAGAGAAACUC